AUGCCGAAUGCUAGUAAUAGUCCCGACGAAAAUGUCCAAGACUUCGUGCCCCCGACGAAGAAACAUCGCACGAAGCACAACGACGAUGUACCCGACUGGCUAAAGAAGCGUAAGACGCCACCUAAUUCCGAUACGGCAUUCACCACUCCAUUCAUUUUUAAACCUGUGAAUCCUGCGCAAAAUUUUUCAACAUCCGGUGAAUCGCCUUGUCCACCUCGAAGACAGGAUUCUUGUUCCACCUCGUCCUUCUCGACAAAUGUUCCCUCGGAAGAUUUGAUAGGUAAGGUGGUUGAGGUUCUGGGAAGCAUGGUGGAUGAUAUCAAGUCGAACAUUUGGGCAACCUUCCUGAGUCAAAACAAAGAUCAUUCUUUGGUCCCCGCAUGCUUCCUUCGGGAGUUCAAUAAACUCGUAAAUGAAACAUCCUCAGUUCCUGCAAAUAAACCGCAGCCCAUAAAAUCCGUGGAUCAUCUGUGUACCAUACUCUCGGCUCCCAAUUCGACGAAUCCUCUAGCGCAUGAAGCGGAAAUUUAUCGUCAUACGUUCGAAUUUUAUUGUCAAAUGACUUCCUUUCUAACAGUAGUUCAAAUGUUUUUUGAAUUGGUGGUCAUGGACUUUUUAUGUGAUCGUGAAGAAGAUUUACGCGUGAGACGCAUGUCAAUAGAUAGAUUCAUGAACAUUUUUCACGAAGAGGACAAUUUCUUCCAACAUCCUCGACAAUCUAUUAAUGACUGUGAAUUAAAUAAUAACAAUGAGAAUUUAGAUGCUUUUAACUGGUACUAUCGCGGAGUUAUACGUCCACAACAUCAAUAUUAUUGUGACCUUUCGGUUCAUCUUAGAUCAUUUUCAAUUAAUUUUACAACGUUAGAAACGGUCGAAUCGAUAUUGUCAAUGUUUUACACAAAGCAUUUCUUAAAUGUGUUCGCCAAAGAGCAUCAAAAAGAUCACGGUCAAUUUUACACCCCGAGAGAGGUGAUACGUUUCAUGUGGGAUCGCGUUUUACUCGGUGAUACUCUGGUCAAAAAAGUUGGUGGAAGUUCCAUUCAAUCCACCGUCACCACCACCCCCACCAUCACCACCGCCAACACAAAUUUAAUGAGAUUCCCCAUCCAUCAUCAAUCCACAAACGCGUCCCCUGCCUGGGGAUUUCCUCCUCAAUCUCCUAGCGUUUUAGAUCCUUGUAUGGGUAUCGGAUCUUUUCUAUGUGAAUUUAUCAAUAGACUUACGUUGGCCGCUCAACAGUGUCCCAAUGUGUGGAACAAUCCGACUGCCAUCUCUCACCUACUGCAGUCGUUGACCAAGAAUCUUUGGGCGAGUCAAUGGAUGGGACUAGAGUUCGCCGACAAGCUAAGAGCAUGGUUAUGGCAGAAAUGUUACCUCGUGGAAUUCUUCCAAUUCGAACCGUUCAAGGUGUGGCGAAAAAUACAAACCGACUCUUUAAUCUUUCGACUGCGUCGUCGAAGCGAACCUCUCCCGUCAAACGGCACGUCCCUCGUUCGACCGUCCAACAUCACCGUCGAAUCGCCCAUCAUCUUCUUGCGCUACAUGAAUCGCAAGGCGACCCUCCAGGAGACGCUACAGGCCUACACAAAUUUCAACCCGAAUCUGAAUCAAUUUGACAAGGACAUGCAUUACCAGAUAACACCACCUUACCCUCAGACUCAGCUCCCGUCGCCGACGAACUCCUACUCAUUCACCUUCCUGAUGCCAACCUCCGUCGUGAGCGCUUACCUUCGCUCGAUUACCGUGAACCUCCCUUCCUUGUGCGACCAUUCAAGCAUGAAGCCUACCUGGCUUGAGCGCAACCCUCUAAUUUGGCACCGGGGUCCCAAUACGAAUCCCGUGUACGCUCUUGUCGUCCGUACCUCUUGGGCGUAUUCUAAAUUUGGUCGAGACGUGUGUGAAGUUUGGUUGCGUCCGGUGUUCUAUUGGAAUGGUAAAAACGGCGGCAAGGAAGCCGAUUUCUGGCAGAAGAUGGGUGACGAAUUGCGCCUUGAAAAAAAGGAGAGUUCGCCCGCGGAAGCCUACGUGCCCUUCCCUUCCUACAACUAUGGACCGAUGAAAGACGCGGUAGGAGAACACGAGAUAUCAAUGUACUCGUUGAUCAUGGUGGAUCGUGACGCGAUCGAAAAGGUGCGCAAGGAUGUCGGAGAAGACAGCGAAUUUUGGCACUACCUAAAAGAAGCCCGAAAACAUCUACAAACCGGAAUGACCUCGAGGGAGGUUGCGUAUUGUGGAACCAGUAAAUGCGGGUGA